CACAAACAGAAGAGACUUGAGCGGGACAGCAGAGGAACCUGAGCUCACACUGUCAGGGCCACCAAGGACACGAGCUGUGUGUGGCACUCCAAACAUAGGAUUUGGGAUUUGAAGCAAAGUACAUUGGACUGAAUACAUAAAAAAGCUUUGAAGCAGGAGCCAAAGAUGGGCACAUGUUGCACCAGAUGCCACUCACAUAUGGCUGUUUUAGAAAACCAUUCUGUGUCUGAAUCCAGUGUUGCUGAGGACAGCAUCAUUGUGGCCCUUCACAACUACCCAUCUAUUGGCCAGGCAGAGCUCACCAUGCGUAUGGGGGACAGACUUACUGUCACAACAGAUGAUGGUGAUUUUAUGAUAGUAAAAUCAGUGACUACAGAACGUGAGAGCUACAUACCCACAAACUACACGGCCAAAGUGACACACAGGUGGUUAUACACGCGAGUCAGUAGGUUGAAAGCAGUGGAACUUCUGAUGCUCCCAGAAAACAGAAAUGGAUCAUUUCUAAUUCGUGAAUCAGAGACAAAUACAGACUGUUACUCACUGUCUGUGCUCAGGAGAGACCCUUAUUCAUACAUAGACAGUGUGAAGCAUUACCGCAUCUCUCACCUCCCAAACGGCUGGUUGUUCAUCUCCCCAGGACUCACCUUUCCCUCCAUGCAGCACCUCAUCAACCACUACACAGAGAAUGCAGAUGGACUGUGCUGCAAGCUGACAAAGCCCUGUUAUAUUGGUGGUUUGGAAAACAUCAGACCUGCACCUGUGGUCAUCAGGAGACCUACGCUAAACUGGAAAAACAUACGCAGGUCCGUGAUAUUUCAGCAGAAGAGAACAGAGUCAGGUCAUUCCCUGGUCAGUGAAGGUCUGCGUGAAGCCAUCAGCUCAUACCUGCAGAUGACAGAAGACAGUGACCUCAGCUGGGACACUUGAGAGAGGGACAUAAAGACAGUCCUGCCCUGUCUCACCUAAAGGACACAGUGUCUUCACCCUCGAAUAGACUGUAUGAGGAAGAGCAACAAAUACCUGCCACACUACAUUGGUCAAAGCUGAGUCUGCAAGUCACAGCAUCAAUAAAAUCUCUGUGGAUCAGAACAGAAUGUAUGAGAAAAUAUCUGAAAUGUUGUUUAUGUUAAUCUUAUUGCUUUUAUUUAUUAGAC